CGUCAUCCCAAUCGUUUUAUAACUCGUUAGGCCUUCCGCUCUAAUAAUAACGCGCAUCAGAACUGCAGCAGCAGCAGCAGCAGCAGGUAGUAAAAAUUGGUCGUAUACACGCGAGAGUGACAUCCUUGACGAUCGGCCAAAUAUCGCGUCAAGCCAAAGGUCUCGGUUAUAUUAUAUUAUAUGUGAUAUUUUCCCACCACCACUACCACCCCAGAGUCAGGCAGGCAAAAAGAGCAGCAUAGAUAAGUUACCUACGUCGAGCUUUUUCAUUCUUCAACAUGGCUAAGACAAAGAUCUGUAUCGUCGGAAGCGGCAACUGGGGCUCGGCAAUCGCCAAAAUCGUCGGCGCCAACGUGACGAAGCACAGCGACAAGUUCGAGGACAAGGUCACCAUGUACGUGUACGAGGAGAUGGUCAACGGCAAGAAGCUCACGGAGAUCAUCAACGAGCAGCACGAGAACGUCAAGUACCUGCCCGGACACAAGCUGCCAGCUACCAUCGUCGCCGUGCCCGACGUGGUCGAGGCCGCCAAGGACGCCGACAUCCUCAUCUUCGUCGUGCCCCACCAGUUCAUCCCGGGCCUGUGCGCCGCCAUGCUCGGCAAGAUCAAGCCAUCCGCGGUCGGCCUCUCGCUCAUCAAGGGUUUCGCCCAGGGCGAGGGCACCAAGAUCAAACUGAUCUCGAAGAUCGUCGAGGAGCAGCUCAAGAUCCCGUGCUCCGUGCUGAUGGGCGCCAAUCUGGCCAACGAGGUGGCCGAAGAGCACUUCUGCGAGACGACGAUCGGCUGCAAGGACAAGAUCAUGGGCGCCAUCAUGAAGGACUGCAUGCAGACGCCCAAUUUCCGCGUGACCGUAGUGGAGGACACCGAGGCCGUGGAGGUCUGCGGCGCGCUCAAGAACAUCGUCGCCUGCGCGGCCGGCUUCGUCGACGGCCUCGGCCUCGGCGACAACACCAAGGCCGCCGUCAUUCGGCUGGGCCUCAUGGAGAUGGUGCGCUACGUCGACCAGUUCCACGGCGGUUCCAAGAUCUCGACCUUCUUCGAGAGCUGCGGCGUGGCCGAUCUCAUCACCACCUGCUACGGUGGCAGAAAUCGCAAGGUCUCCGAAGCUUUCGUCAAAACCGGCAAGACCAUCAAGGAGCUCGAGAACGAGAUGCUCAACGGCCAGAAGCUCCAGGGCCCGGCUACGGCCGAGGAGGUCAACGGCAUGCUCAAGGGCUGCAAUUCCGAGGACAAGUUCCCCCUGUUCACGGCGGUCCAUCGCAUCUGCACGCAGCAGCUCAAGCCCCAGGAUCUCAUCGACCAGAUUCGCAAUCAUCCCGAGCACGCAAAGCAGUGAAGCAGUAACGAGGUGAUGACUAAGUAAACACUCGAGUUUAUAAAACUUAACGACUCGAAGCUGUGUGGAGGCUGUCGAGGGCGCUCCAAUCACUCAGGAUUAGUAUUUCCAUUCCUGCCUGUGGCGAAGAGGGUGUUUUUAUUAAAAAAAAAUGUGAUAUUAAUAACCGUAUGUAAUUGCGUUGUACGUUGUGACAAAACGCAAAAUAAAUACAAUAAUAACUGAAAAUUUAAUGAAAGAAUAAUUAACUUAUAAGGAUUUACUAACACAUAAAAACGCUGUAAAGAAAAGAUCUUGUAAAUAAAACAGUGCGUUGAAAAUCAAA